CAUCUCACAAAAUAGAUAUUUAUUGGUAUGCCAUCCAUCAUUCUAUAAACUGGUGUUUACAAGGAUUGGCGUGACAUGUAUGUUAACUUCUGGAUGGGUAUUUGCUACAGCUUUACUACUUCCCCCAGUGUUGAAUGCCUGGGGCAAGUUUAGUUAUUUACCAAAGAAGAACCUUUGUAGUCUUGACAACAUUGGCGACAACUACAACACAUUUUUAAUGAUGAUGUCAUUCUGUCUCCCCUUGGCAACCACUGUGAUGUCAUAUCUUAGAAUCUACAUCACUGUAUACAAACAACGCCAAAGAAUCAAAGUUCAUAAUGAAACCAUGAAAAAACCCAAAGAACAGAAAACUGCUGCAACUUCUACAAAGGACAUCAAAAUUACGAAAAUGCUAGUAUGCAUGCUCGCGAUCUACAUCAUCUGCUAUAUGCCAUUCGCAAUCGUAAUCGUCAUAGAUAGGACAAUAAAAUGGCCGACUCUACAUCGUUUAACAGCCGCAUUUGUAUGGUACUUUAGUAUCUUGAACAAUGUAGUCUUGAUCACUAUGAACAGAAACUUUAGAGCAUCAAUGAAACACCAAUUGUGCUGUAUAAAGGGGAGUAAGAUACGACGAGUGGAUGUGAUGGCAUACAUGAAUGAUGAUAACUCCAUGACAAUCACCGCAGACAUAAAACCCACAAGUUUGAAAGAUUCAUAAACAUUCAUGAACAUUCAUGAACAUAAACACAAUAACAAACCAAUGUGAAAUGAUACGAGUCCGCAACAUGGGAAGAAGUUAUUGCAAAUGGUGA